AUGUCGUAUGAAUUCAAACUUCCGAUUAUUGACAUUUCUGCAUUCACCAUUGAUUCAAAUUCUCGAACAGAAAAACUUAAAAUAGCUAAACAAAUCUACGAAGCAUGCCGUAAUGUUGGGUUUUUCUAUCUGAUAGGUCAUAAUGUACCUCAAGAAAUUAUUGAUAAAGUAUUGAAAUUGGGUUAUGAAUUUUUUCAUUUACCAGAAGAAGAAAAAAUUAAAUAUAGCAUAGCCAAUGAAGAUUAUGCAAGGGGAUAUCAAAGACUUGGUGAGAAUGUUACAAGAUAUAAAAAGGAUUGGCAUGAGGCGCUUGAUUUCUAUAAACCAAUACCUCGUACGCAUCCGUUGGUUUUAAAAAACCUCCCUUUAAGAGGUGAAAAUCAAUGGCCUGAGAAUCCUUCAGAAUUUCGUGCAGUAUUUAGUGAAUAUAUAGAUUAUAUGUUGAAACUGGGUGCUCUAGUAAUGAGUGCUAUUGCAUUAGGUUUAGGAUUGGAUGAAAAUUAUUUUGAAAAGUUUUUAGAGGAGUCUUUUUGGGUUAUGAGAGUCAUUGGAUAUCCAGAUCUUAAGAAUAUAGCCGACAAGGAUCGCGUAGGUGUUAGCUGCGGUGAACACACAGGUGAUACAUUAAUAAUAUUGAACGAUAACACUAAAGAAGCUUUACAAGUUCAAACAAAAGAUGGCAAUUGGAUUAAUGCGGAUCCACUAUAUGGUUCCUUUGUAGUGAACAUCGGUGACAUGCUGAAUAUUUGGACGAAUGAUAUAUAUAAAAGUACUCUUCAUAGAGUUAUUCACAAGGGUGAUAGUUAUCGUGUAUCUGUUCCGUUCUUUUAUGAGCCAAAUUACGAUGCCAAAAUCGAACCACUUGAAGCAUGUUUACAAAUUGAUCCGGUAAAACAUCAUGAGCCGGUUGUGUAUGGAGAGCAUUUAUUGAAAAAAGUUUCAACAAAUUUUGAAAUUAUUGAAUCAUAA